CAGACGAAGAUAACCAAUGUCACUUUCUCGGUAACUUAACUAUCUACGAGUGAUGAAAGUCAUUAUUUGUAUAUAUUAUGAAUUUCGUUCUUAACCAAUAAAUAAGCGAAUUUAAUUGUUUUAUUUACUUUACUCGGAAUAUCAACAAAACUAAUUCAAAAAUUUCAAUGGUUAUUUAAAUUUCAAUAAUGGCUCAUGAACCUGUAUCAAAUUUCGUUCUUAAAAAUAAUUCAGCGCUUAAUCAUGUGGAUAUAAAACCAAAUAUUUUACAAAAAAUUCAACCAUUGAAGCGGAUCUUUCACCAGCCCAAUAUCCUAAUUACACUCAUGCCGAAUGAUUCGAGUGACGUUUUGUCAGAAAAUUAUAAAAAUAGUGAGAAUUCUGAAAAUAUUGAACAAAAUGAGGAGGCAAAUUUUUUGCCAUCGAAAAAAUUUGGAAAUUCUGAAAUAACAUUACUACCAAUAAAACGGGAACAAAAAUCUUGUGGACACUAUGAACCCUGUGAAAAUAUUACAUGUGAUGUAAAUGUCCAGCAGUAUGUAGAUCAUCAGGGAUCAUCACCAAUGUUAGCUACUAGUAUUGACGACUCAGAAAUAAAUGCCAAGGUUUCAAAACAUUGUGAUAAUUCACGAUGUGAUGCUCUAAGUAUUGAACACAAUCGUUGUCGAAGAGCGAUAAUAUGUCUGUAUCGUUGUGAUAAAUCUAGUGCAUGUGAUAUCUGUGGGGUGAUUUUAAAAACUCGAAAAUCUCGAUUACAUCACGGAAACUGUAAGCGGAAAAACGAAUAUCGGCACAAUCAAGUUGAUGGCGCCCAGAUAUUGAGAGAAAGAAUGCGGGAACGAGAAUUGCAAAUAAUGGAAGCGGUACGAGCCAGAAAAAAUGAUUACAGUGAUCCUAUCACUGGUCCCAACAAAGCUAUAGAAACAUUAAAAAAUAAUUCUGAGCUUAUUGUGAUACCUAAGAAGAUGGCGCCCAUACAUCAGUCCACUAUGAAUCAACAAAUUACUACUAAUCUAAUGACAAAUCAUUUUAUGAAUGGAACUCCACAAACUUUUGAUGAUUUUCCGCCAAAUAUUCCCAUCAUAUCAAUCCAGAAGCCUCAUUUGCAAAAGAAUACUUCGAACAAACAAUCGGACGCGGGUAAUACCAACGAUACUUUGAAUCAGUCGAAAGUGGGCACGAAUGACGCGGGAAAUAAUCAGUACAUAAUUACUACAAUAUCUCAACCAAAUGUGUCUCAAUCCUUUACAAUAAACGACUGGGUAAUGGGUCAGCCGAAAAUAACUUCCGGAACUCAGUUGCAAAACCCGUACUUUGUGCCAGUCAGAGUUAUUCCCAUUACUAAACUUAAAUCUGAGCCUUCUCUGCUUCAUCAAACUCAGGGAAUCCCAAAAUUUUGUAUAAUUGCAGACAAUACUUCAGCAUCUCGAUCAUUGUUCAAUGGAUCGGCUAUUACGAGUGUCGACUCAUCUCUUGACCCGAAAUCAAAAUUACUACAAAAGUCUCUAUCGUUAAAAUCCACUCCGUUAAUUACAAUUAAGCCAAAAAUAACGGAUGAUACAUUGUUGAAUAACUCCUUCAAAACUUUUCACAAUGAUCUUAUUCUUAGUCGCAGAAGAAAAAUCGAACAAAAACCUUUCGAGUGUCAAUACUGUUCAAAAAGAUUUCUCACUGAUUGGUAUUUUAAAUUGCAUAUAAGUAAACAUAAAGGUGAAUUAAAAGUUAAGUGUAGUACUUGUGAUAUGGCUUUUACGAAUAACAAUGAUUUGAAAAAACAUAUAAGUAAUGAACAUAAAGAUACUGUUGAAACGUGUAAAAAUUCAGACAGUGAUAUUGAAAAAGAUAAAGAGGACGAACAAACUAUUACUUGUGAUGAUUGUGAACAAGAAUUUGACUCUAAUAUUGAGUUGGAAAAACAUGAGUGCGGAAAUUUUGAAGAAAUAGUUUGUACAGAAACAAAUUUAGAUAUUAAUAGUAAAAACUGAAACACUAAACUCAAGUUAUUGCAAAAAAGUGUAAGAAAUUAAAUAUGUAAAAUUUGGGAAAUGAAAUUUUUUGCAGAAUAUUAAUUUUGUUAAUUCCUAAGCAUUAGGAAAUGCAGGACGCCAGUAAAAAAUCAUGUUCAAUUAUUUUUUUUAAUAAUUUUGUAAAUUAUAAUAUUAAUUCCCGGGUGGGAAAAUUUGAUCUGAUUUUAGUCUAAGAUUUUAUUUGGACUAAUGAGUCUGUCUUUAAAUUUUUAUAAAAAUUUUAAGCUGUUUUUUGUCUAAAGAUGACCGAAAACAGACUUAGAAAAAUAAUAGGCAGUAAGAGUCGGAUUUUGAUGUAGAGGUGACCAAAACCAGACUAAAAAUGAUUGAAAACAAGUCUGAGAAUAGUCUAGAUAACGAGUAGUGCGGGUAAAACUCGGUUAAAUUUUACAUGUUAAUCGAAUGCAAAUAAAAAGUAAAAUUGAAUAGAAAUGACUUAAAAUUUUUAUAUAAUUCAAAACAGAUCAGUUUUCGACCCGGUUUGGUAAAUAGACAACGAAUUUUCAUGAAAAUAUUUAUAAAUAGCGACUCAAAUGAUAAAAUAUAUUGUAAAUUCAGUCACAAAAAUGUUAUUUAUAAUGAUUUGUUAUUAUAGAAAUUUAUUUUCAUGAUACCAGCAUCGAAACUUGAAGUUUCAGGUUCUCUGCCGCCAGUGGAAUCGCGUAAAUUUUGAAUGCCUUCAGUCAGCAGGCAGAAACAAUUUUAUUUACGUAAAUGACAGUGCUGACUGUGAUUAAUUUUUUUUUAAAUUAGAGUGAAUAAUAAAUAGUAUUUAUAGUUCUGCUUAAUUGUAAAUUGCAAAUGACAAUUAACGCUUACGCUAAUAGUCGGUCUUUAAUUAAUUUGUUCUGGCUGGCUGCAGACACUGAAACUUUAAGUUCCAAUGCAGGUAAUCAUGAAAAGUUAAAUGUGUAACUCAGGAUGAAACACGAUUUCAGACUGCAGGUGAUGUCAGCCAACUUCACUCUGGUCUGAAAUCGUUUUGUUUCAUCCCUUGUCACACAAUAUACUAUUACUUAACUAGUAACUUCAUUAAAUAAUUUGAAGCUCAAUAUUUCGCCGACACUGCGAUAUUCGAUGAGAAUUUAAGAAUACAAAGUUUAUGUAAAAAAAAGUUAAUUGUUUUCAAUUCAAAUUAUAUGGCGCCAAAUAAAAUUUUGUACGGUGUGCUGCUUUUCUAUGCAUUUAAGUGAUGAAAAAGUUGAACAAAAGAAGUUACGAAAGUUUUCCACCAUUUAUUAAUUAAUAUUAUCCAACCUAGGCAUUAAUUAAGGGCUGGAUUCUACAUUCCUUGAUUAGGAAAAAAUACUAAAAACGAUUUGAAAAUUUUUUGAAUUGUAUUAAAUAUAUUUUGAUUGUAAAUUUACGAUAUGGAAUUAUCCAUUGAGGAAAAAUUUUUGAAAAUUUUACCCAUAUUGACAAUUGCUAAAAAAAUGACAAUUAAAAGAACAAAUUUUUGUAAAUCGUGUUGUCCAGUUCCUUGUCGUUAUUAUGAAUACGUUUUAAUUUUUUUGACUUAAGCCAACCUAUUUUGCUUAUUCGUUCAGACAGUGGUCAAUAGUCACCAUUUAAUAUAAUAAUCAUACCAAGAACUAAAUCUACCUGUCGUCUCUGGCUACUGUCAGAGAUAAUUUUUCUUGUCACUGUAACUUGUAUGGGGUAGAAACACCAUUUGCGGACACUUAAGGCUGGGCUGUACUUAACAACUUCUCGAAUUUUAGAUUUCUAUUAAAUUAUUAAUUGAUUAUAAUGACAGCGAUUUUUUUUGCUUCCGAAAAAAUGCAUAAGACGAACUUCCUUGGAAGAUUUUCAUCAUUUGGGUCCACAAAUAUUUAAACCGUAAUUAGAAAUCUAAAAUCCGGAAAUUCAGUCAGUACUGCCGACCCUUAAGGAAAUUGAUAACUUUAAUCAAAAUUCAAAUAUAAUGACACAUCACAUAACGAUAAAAAUGAUCACAUAAUGAUACAUCACACAAUAAUACAUCACAUGCAAACUAUUAUUGGUAAUAAAACCAUAUGUUCAUAAAAAAUGUGAUAAUUACAUAAACAGAAAUAUAUAUUUUAAUCAUUUGAAGAAUAUUUGAAAUUAAUAAAAAAAAUUUUUUGUAUACAACAAUUUUGGGCAGCCUCACAAAGUGAUCCAUCAAAUGUCUAAAAUACUUAUAAUAUUUUGCUCAUGUGUUAAAAAAAAUUAUCAAUUAUCCACUUAAAGACUUGAAAU